UCUGCGUGGUAUCUGUCCGGGUGACCGUAUGCCUGUUCUCUUCCCUAGGUGACCAGGCAUUGAUGCACCCCCAGGGAGGCCGAGCGCUUCAGGAGGCGCCCCCCGCUGGCUGCUGCGCACAUGGUUUCUGGGCCCCUGGCACUCCGGUGGUACGCGUGGGGAGGGCGAGGGGACAUGGGGCCCGACAUGGAGUUGCCCAGCCACUCGAAACAGCUCCUGCUGCAGCUGAACCAGCAGAGGACCAAGGGCUUCCUGUGUGACGUCAUCAUCAUGGUGGAGAACUCCAUCUUCCGGGCCCACAAGAAUGUGCUGGCGGCCAGCAGCAUCUACUUCAAGUCACUGGUGCUGCACGACAACCUCAUCAACCUGGACACAGACAUGGUCAGCUCCACAGUGUUUCAGCAGAUCCUGGACUUCAUCUACACGGGCAAGCUGCUGCCCAGCGACCAGCCCACUGAGCCGAACUUCAGCACCUUGCUCACCGCGGCCAGCUACCUGCAGUUGCCCGAGCUUGCGGCCCUUUGCCGCCGCCGGCUCAAGCGGGCUGGCAAGCCCUUCGGCUCAGCUCGGGCCGGGGCUACUGCCCUGGGGCGGUCCCCCCGCAGCCAGCGCCUUUCCACAGCCUCGGUCAUCCAGGCCUGCUACCCAGGAUUGGGGGAUGGCCACAAGGGCAGCCACCCAGCCCAGGCCAAAGGCUCAGAUGAUGAGCUCUUUAUUGGCAGCACCAGCCAGGAAGGUAUUCCCACUCUGGGCCGGGCCCUAUGUCCAGCUGGUGGGGACACUGGUCUAGGUGGCUGUAGCAGCAGCACCAAUGGUAGUGGCUGUGAGCAGGAACUGGGCCUCGAUCUGUCCAAGAAGAGCCCUCCGCUGCCCCCCUCCACACCUGGUCCCCAACUCGCACCUGAAGACCCCACUCAGCUGAGUGACAGCCAGCAUAGCUCACCUCCUGCGGUCCCUGCACCUGCCAACGCCAACAGUGCCUCUUACAGUGAGCUAGGGGGUGCCCCUGAGGAGCCCAUGGGCCUGGAGGGUGCUGAGGAAGCUCCCUUGAGCCGGCUGGAGGGGGCUGGGGGGCAGCCCCGGAAGAGCUUGCGCCACUCCACCCGAAAGAAGGAGUGGGGAAAGAAGGAGCCCUGCAUCCCUUUCGAGCGCAAGGAAGCAGGGUCUAAGGGUGCCUGCCCGGGAGACAAGUCAGAGGAUCUAGGGGACAGGGUUCCCAAUGGCAUCCUGGGCAGUGGAGGCGGACCCUUUGGGGAACCCCCAUACCCCUGCAAGGAGGAGGAGAACGGCAAAGAUGCCAGUGAGGACAGCGGGCAGAGCGGCAGCGAGGCGGGCAGUGGUCCCUCAGGCACGCACUACCUGUACCGGCCCGAGGGCUAUGAGACCGUCUCCUACGGUGACAACUUGUACGUGUGCAUCCCUUGUGCCAAGGGCUUCCCCAGCUCUGAGCAGCUCAAUGAGCACGUGUUGACGCACAAGGAGGAGGAAUUGUUUCUCAAGGAGGAGGGGUCCUACGAGACAGGCAGCGGAGGUGGCGAGGAGGAGGCAGAGGACCUGUCUGCACCCAGUGCUGCCUACGCUACCGAGGCACGCCCCUUCAAGUGCUCAGCGUGUGACAAGACCUACAAAGACCCAGCCACGCUGCGCCAGCACGAAAAGACGCACUGGCUGACGCGACCCUUCCCCUGCAAUAUCUGCGGCAAGAUGUUCACGCAGCGCGGCACCAUGACCCGCCACAUGCGCAGCCACCUGGGCCUGAAGCCCUUCGCCUGCGAUGAGUGCGGCAUGCGCUUCACGCGCCAGUACCGCCUUACGGAGCACAUGCGCGUGCACUCGGGCGAGAAGCCCUAUGAGUGCCAGCUAUGCGGGGGCAAGUUCACACAGCAGCGCAACCUCAUCAGCCACCUGCGCAUGCACACCUCCCCUUCCUAG